CAUUUAGAACGGGCGAUAAAUACUAUACAAUUGGCUUCACUUUCAAUCUUUCAAAGCAUAUGUAGGUGCUUGAUCUGCCGUAUUGUAUUGUAAUCCACAUAUAGAUUCAAGAUUCAUAAACAUAAACAUUGGUGAAUAUAUCAAAUGAAAUCAUCGCUACUCAAAUUAUUGAAUAAUAAGCGAUAACUAUCGUAAUUCAAUGAAUUAAUCAGGUGAUGUGUUGUGAUUUUGAUUCUAGAGAUAUAAUCCAGACGAACCAUUGCCAUGACGUUAGAACUUGUGAAUCCAGCCAAAAUUUGGGAUAAGUUCAUUUGUGAUUCCUGCCAUCGCUUUCUUUCUGUGGGUCCAAUCAGACUCUAUCCAAAUAAAAUCAUAAAAUGCGGAAGAUGUUCCAAAAAUGAUAGCUACUGUAUGACAGCGUCCUUUGGUUUCAUUGACCGGCAAUUUGCAUUCAAGUGUGUAAACAGGUUUGAUGGUUGCAGGAAGUUAUUACUCAACAAUCAGGUAGAAGAACAUGAAAAGAACUGUUUGAGUAAAAAAUUCAUGUGCCCCCUAUGUCCUGUAAAUGAUUUGGAAUUACCUACAUUUUUAUUUCUGACUCACUUUAAAGAGGACAUAAGCGGCAUGUAUUGGAAAAACCCUGGAUAUUUGUGAAUUUGGAAGAGGGUGAGUUCCGUGAUGUUAGUAAAUUAUAUCUGUAUAACAUAGAUGACCAUUUAUUAUUCAUCAAUUUCAAGUUAAACUGGGAUGAUUCUACCCUUUUUCUUAGUUCACAAUAUGUAGGAGAUGCCGAAAAAGCAAAUAAAGUGAUGCAGAAAUAUUCUCUAUAUUCUAAAAAUAAUAAUUCAGAACUGAAAACUGAAAGUAUAUCCUGUGACUGUUUUGGUUCUCCUAGGCCUAAAGGAAUUUCAGUGAAAAGGUCUAAAUUUCAGAGUAACAAUUUUAUCAUUUUGGUUGAGCUGGACUUGGAGGAAAUCGAAUCAUUGGAAAUGCCUUUAUAUAAUAUGAAAAUGGUUGACACUGGUGACUUUGUAAAUUUACAAAGAAUAUUUUUGAGUCCAGAUUUUCUGAACUCUAAUCCAAAUUAUUCUAUAGAUAUCUCAGGCACUUCAUUGGUGAUAAAAGAAAAUGAUUAUGAAAAAUUCAUUACUUUUCAGUGUUGUAUUUGUUUUGUUAAAUUGCAGGGUUCAGAAAUCAAUGUCAUUCAAAGUAGUAACAAAAGUUUCUGUUCGUUCUGUGUCGAAUACUACAAAGCCAAAAAACCCAAUACUAAGAUCGAUACAUUUACGAUACCUCCGGAACUGCUUGCACACCUUAAAUUUUUCUGUAAAUGGAAUUGUAAUGAAUUGAUUCCAUAUUUUAGAUCAUCGAUAUUUCAUGAAGAAAAUUUCUGCUCACAGCAACCAUCUAAAAAUUGUCCUGUAGAAUCUUGUGUUUUCGAAGGAAAACUAUAUGAAUUACAGAAUCAUUUUCUAGUCAGUCACCAGGAUUCUAAAUUGAACUUGAACUCUAAUCAAACCUACAUCAAACCGCCGAGUAAGCCUAAUGCUUUCCCUACUAAAACACACAGAACUGGUUUUCUCUGCCCUGUUGAAAAGUUUUCGUACUUUUUUGUGCAGAAUACCUUUGUGCUGCUGAAAAAAUUGGAUGAACAAGAAAAGCAUAUUUUUUUUAUUGAUUACUGUAAGAAGGAAGAUGCUAAUAACGAUUUUCAACCGGCAGUUAGUAUUUUCGCACCAAAUUAUGUUGAUACUUUCAGAAGCAAUUUUGUACAGGAAAAGGUUUCUUGGAAUACA